AUGCCGACACAUACGCCCUCACCGCACCGAUUCCUAGCUCCUAAUUCGCAUUCAGCGCAAAAGUCAACUAGACCACAUUCGAGCCUACGUAAUGCUACUGCAAUUCCGCCAUCCGCUUCUGCAACGAUUCCUACGCCUGCAGGAUCAGCAGAAUUACAAUUCAAAAGGUUGGCGCCUGCGAAACGCUUUGUCGUUGCGCCACUGCAAAAGAAUCAUGCUGCCGAAACUGCAAAGCUCAGCGAGGCAGACGCCAAGCCACAUGAUGAUGCACAGUUGCAGCACACGCCGCUCCCACGACCACGCAGAAAGCUCCAACGAGUGGAAAGUAUAGAGGAACCAUCUCAAUCAAGCCAACAACAUGCCAAUGACCAUGUCUAUGCCUCUGGCGUCAUAUCCUCCGUCGAAGACCAGGAUAUGCUGUCUGACGAACUCGAGCAAUAUGAGCAAAACGAAGAAGAUGACGAAAUGCUCUUUGAACCAGCGACACGGUCCAAACGGCGCCGCAGGUCGUCACCCAAUUCCCCAUCUUUGCAGCCACUAGAGCCCUCAACAACGCACCGUUUCAAGGUCGCACCGUCCCGCACCCCUGCACCGUUCCCAAGCAUUGCGUCCGUCGCAGCCAAACCUUUAGCACCUUCAAGUCGUCCUCAUUUCAUUCUCCCUGAAUCACAAACUUCUCCUCCCAAGGAUUCCAGACCCCCACCAGAAAUUUUCUCUCCAUCCCGCAAGCAUGCAAAGUACGUUCCUGGAGGUCUUGCGUCCACGGCUUCCGUCUGGAUUAUUGAGGCGGCGAAUACGGGUUUUGCAGCGCAAGAAAGAAGCAGCGGAUCUUGGGGCCGCGACAAGGAUAACGGUGUCAAGGCACGCGUGAGAAUUAAUUGCUUGUCUAGAGGCAGAGCGAGUGAGCAUGAGAUACAGGAACUAGAAUGCCAUGCUGGUGGUGUGGUGUUUGCGAGGGGCCAACUAGAGCUAGGCAUAUGUAAUUCUUCAGCGGUGUCCAGUACUUUCGGCCAAAAUAGCAACACAAAUAUUCUCCUUGCUGGUCAGGGUAGUGUGAGAGGCUCAGGAGGCGUCAAAGUCAAUGUUGGGAGCACCAUUGGUGUACGACCACCCACGUGGGAGAUUGACGUUGGCGACGAGCAGUGGUUGGUGGCUGUCGAUUGGGUGGUACUGUAA